CAAAGCCAUCACAAACAGGGAACAAUGACUUUAUUCAACUAUACAGUACUGCCUCUGGUCUUUGUUAGCGGGGUAUGGAUUCCGGCUACCCUUCUAUGUUGUAUUCCUUGGGUGCAGAAACAGAUGUUGUAUCUCCAUUGGGUGACCAUGUGGCCUGGAAAAUGGCUUCAUGAGCCUGAAAGAGCUGGUUUUCUGAAGAACCAGGUCGCACGCUUCCGAAUCCCAACUCAAGACGGCGAAAGACUAUUUGCAUGGCUAAUCGCGCCUCUUGGUGUUUACGCAGAGCAUGCCGAAGAGUUCAUAAAUGAGAAAUCCGGGGUAGACGGGGAUAUCGAAGACAAGAUGGCUUUCAAGCUUCUCCGAGAUGACCCAGAAGCGAGACUCUUGGUCUAUUUCCAUGGCAACUCAGCUACCAUCGCCCAAGGCCGACGUACUGAAGAGUAUCGGAUGUACUCAUCCGGCGCAUCCGAUAAGAUCUUUACUCUUACAUUUGAUUACCGCGGGUUCGGGAGAUCAACAGGGUCGCCAUCAGAGACCGGCCUCCUGAAUGAUGGUACUUCCGUACUAGAAUGGGCUCUUAACUUGGCCAACGUUUCAUCCGAUCGUAUUGUCCUGCUAGGCCAUUCCCUCGGAACGGCUGUCGCGACCGGCGUAGCUCACCAUUACAUCAACCAUGAGCCUCCAGUCCAGUUUUCAGGGCUCAUCCUUGGUGCUGCAUUCACCAACUCGGGGAGUGCGUUCACAGCCUAUUCCCUGGCUGAUGUGUUUCCCAUCCUCGCUCCCGUGAAGACCAUUCCCUUAUUCCAGGCCUGGUUCAGCCGGAGAAUGGUAGAUACUUGGGAUACUUCCGAGCGCCUUGCGCACUUGAUAUCGAAAAGCCCAUCGUUCCGCCUAGUACUGGUGCAUGCAAAGGAUGACACGACGAUGCCUUGGGACCAGAGUGAGGAGAUCUUCAAGUCUACUGUUCAAGCAGGUGUAUUGGCCUCCCAGAUCUCAGAGAACUCCACCUUAACAGAUGAAGAAAUUGUGGAGAAGGUCGGUAUUGUUGACUUAGGAGAAGCUGGCCGACAGGAAGUCUGGAGCCAAGGACAAAGAAGUGUUAGUAAGCUGAUCGCUAAUCAUGGAGGGCACAACACAAUGAUGAAGUGGGGUCCAGUAUCGCUUGCCCUCCUCCAAUGUUUCGAUCUAGUUCCAACGUCAUCGACACGUGCAUUGAGUGUUGGCGAAACACGAUCGCCCAUUUAAAUAUCGAUACUCUGUUUCCAAACGUACCUUUUCCUUAAGACGCCAAAAACUUGGAUACUCGUCCCCGUGACCGCACAGAUUUUACUAUCGAACAACAACCACAAGACCUCCACUAACGAACAUGUUUUCCCCGCAAGACGUCGACAACACACCGAUAAUACCACCGACCAAGCACUGCACUUUACAUUUCAGCUGUAUGACACUAUGCCAAGUACUUCAUUGUAUGGCCAAUCCAUUUUUGAAGGCUCGAAGGCUUUAUCUCUUUGUCUUAGCUCAACGAAGUCUUUGUUAAUGAUGUCUUUCUUGUUUUCUUUACUCCUAUUUAGUAAUCUC